AUGACGAGGAGGAGGGUGGCGCUGAGUAGCUAUUUAGGGUACGAUCCGAUCGAAAAACAAUUCAAGGUGUUGGCCAUGACCUUUCCAUUUAGAUCAGAUGAUGGGAUCUCUGAGGAGCAUCAAGUUCUGACAUUAGGAGGAACUGGAUCUUGGAGAAUGGUCCAGUGUUGCAUUCCCCAUUGUCCUGGAUGGAAGGUGAUAUGCAUCAGUGGUGUUUUGUACUACCAAGCUAAGGUCAACAUGUCUUCAUCGUGUUCUAUGAUAGUUUGCUUUGAUGUUAGGUCUGAGAAGUUCAGCUUUAUCAAAGUCACGGAAGCUUUCACUAGUGUAGUGCAUCAUACAUCAACUCUGAUAAACUACAAGGGUAAAUUGGGUUCAAUUACGACACCAGAUUUUUACUGUGUCAGUGGAAAAACUGGUGCUUUUGUGUUGUGUGUUCUUGAAAACCCCGAAAAACAUGAGUGGUCGAAGCAUAUUUACAUUUUUCCUCCUGAGUGGGAGCAUGUUUUUGGACAGAGAACCUUUCAUAUUGUUGGAGUGACCCGUAAUAAUGAAGUUAUCUUGUCGAGAUUAUAUCCAAGCGACCCUUUCUAUGUUUUCUACUUCAAUCUUGAGAAGAAAACUAUCAUAAGAGUUCAAAUCCAAGGAAUGGGAGCGUUCAUGGGUGAUGUGUACACCUUUGUAGACCAUGUUGAGGACUUGCAGGUCAAGCAUCUUACUUAG